AGCCCUAGUUCAGAGUGGCAAAUAAAGCUGGCCUCGCUUUUAGGCAGUGCCUAAAUCUAUAUAUUAGGCUUCAUAUGUCAUCAAUAUUGACUACAUUUUUGUACUUUGUGUUCUAUACUAGUCAUCGAUAACUGGAGUUGAGUCUCACAUAGGCGACACAUUCAGUGAAGUCAAACUCAACUAGCUAACGGAUACGAAUCAAGCUCUGAUAUUUGUAUCACAAUAUUAAUACAUUUCUGCCGAUGGAAUGUAAUGAUAGAGGCAGAAAUGUUUAUUUCGACGGCAUGUGAAUAACACGUGGAUUUAUGAAGAGAGUGCAGUAUAGGUACGAGUAUAUAAGGGGGGACAUAACGUGCUAGUGUCACUCUAGCGUUUAAGCCAUAUUAACUUUUGCUAAUUUUUUGGUGUAUUUUUUUUUCUCCGGCCCUUAAGCCCGAGAGCACGCAAUGCUGAGCAUUGGUUCGGGGAACACGGUCCAGAGUUUUUCCCACGGGGUUUUUACCUCUGGUUUACGUGUCCGGCUCAGUAUUAACUUCUUGUAAAUAUAAAUCCUCCUCACCUCACCUCCGCCUGUGGUCCCGUCUGGGACAUAGGCCGCCGACCCGCUCUCUCCAGGCGUCUCGGUUCUGGGCGAGUCUCUCCAGCUGUCCCCACGUCUUGCCCAUUGGCGUCUGCAUCUAAAUCUCGGCGCCAGGUGUUACGAGGCCGCCCUCUCUUCCUCUUUCCUUGGGGAUUCCAAGUGAGGGAUUGUCUUGUGAUGUUGGUUGCAGGCUUUCGAAGAGUGUGGCCAAUCCAUCGCAAGCGUCUCUGAAGGACGUCUUGAUCAACAGGCUGCUGCUUUGUACGCUGCCAUUAUUCCUCGUUGCUGAUCUUGUCGGGCCAGCGGAUCUUCAGGAUCUUCCUCAGGCUCCGCUAUGAUGCGUACAGCGCAGCUAAUGCUGAGGCUCGGUUCAAAUAGGGGUAGUAUGCCUAGUAGGGUUAAACAUAGCGCCCGUCCAUAUGAAAAAUGCUCUCCUAGCUUGGAGGGUUAACUUUAAAAGGGUGAUCGCCGAGCCAUAUUAAUAAACAAGAUGGCGGAUCGGAAUUUUGGCAAUAAACGCAACAAUAGUUCCAUUGGCGUGCUUAGCGGCAGCUUUCAGUUCUUUCGGGUUCUGAUGAACCCUAUAUACACAAAAAUUUAAGAACAUUGUCAAGAACAUAUUCAGCCUCAAAAUUUGCCAAAAAUGAGAACGGCCCAGCCUCAACGGAAAAUUAGACGUUCUUAUAAGAAAAAGAGUCUAGUUUGCAUUUCUGACGUUUUGGAGUUGUGCCUAUAUUUUACGGGCUUCCUGGGGCGCUAUAGUAAUGAUGGGUUAAUCUAGUCACUCCUGGAGAUAUUAAUGUUAUUUUCGUGAUAGAAGGUUUUAAAAGAAACCUGCCAUAUCCCCAAUUUAUCGUAAAUGUUUACCUAAACUUCAAUUAUUUUUAGAAUUUUUAUAAUUGUGAACCAGACAUCUUCCCCAUCUUAACUGAUAGGCAAUAGGAUGGGAGAAAAGUCCUUUAGAGGGAGUUAUUUACAAGGUUUUGUUGAAAGGUAUUGUUUGUGGUACUUUAAUUUUUCAUUGCAAACACUAAUCCAAUAGAAUUCACGAAAAUAACUCAUCAAGAUAAAAGACUUUUCAGCUUGUUUUCUUCGCGCAGCAGAUGCCGCGUUAAUAAUCAAGGGCGUGGGGCAUAUGGCAGGAUGGAUGUGGGAAGAAUUUACAAUCUUCACGCAUUUUAUUUGCUUAUCCCAUGGCUGAUAGUAGCAUUUGGAAAUGCCAUAUUACGACUGGAGCAUAGCAAACUGGGUCAUUACGUCAGAUUUGUUGAUAAGCGACUAAACGAAUCAAUUAUAGCCACGCAUCACGUGAUGUGUCACAUGGACUGCGCUAUGCUCUGCACCAGUCACUCGCGAUGCCUCUCGUUCAACCACGGAACCGUGCCAGGUGGCCAAGAUGUUUGUGAACUCUUGUCCUCCGAUGGGUACAGCCAUGGAGCGGUAAACAGACUGCAGGAGAACUCUUUCUUUACCUUCUAUAGGGAGAACGAAGCCAUGGAAAGCAGGAGUUGCCUGGAUUAUCUAAAGCGAGGGAGAACAGAAGACGGAAUUUAUCUCAUCCAUACUCCAGGGGUGGGACAUCUGCACGAAGUCUUCUGUGACUUCUCCACUGAACCAGGGUGGGCGUGGACACUGCUCGUAUCCUUCGCACGGAAGCAUCGACACAAGGACGCCUUUUGCACAGUGGGGUACACGCUAGACAGUCCAUCAAACGAAGAGACACCGAAUCUGGAAGACUUUAGAUUCUCAAAGCAACGCAUGACAGCUAUACGCGACCACUCGACACACUUCCGAGCCACCACCAAUUACAAACCAGGGAGCGCCCUGUCGUAUAGAGAUUACAUCCGUGGAAAGAUUUCCAACCUCGAUUUGACCAGUUUUACAGGAAGAAAUUAUUGUAAGAAGGUAGAUUUUAUCAGUAUUCGCGGUAUUGAGGGGCGCGAUAUUCUGGUUUCUUUCUGGCAAUUUCUAAGACAACCACUACACAUUGACCCGUAUUUUGCAACCUGCCCUUUUAAUGCAAAACAGGGAUGUCAGUAUAAUGAGAAUAACUUUGGCUCUUAUUGUCCUGAUGGAGAAAUGAGUACAGGGUUCAGUGGGUCGGCGACGGAGGAAAGUACCACUCAGUGGUGGUUCGGGGGAAAUGCUUAUCAUUAAAAUUAGGCCAGUUUAAUUAAAGGGGUGGGUGCCGGUGAUGAUUGCGGUGAGGGUUACAUAUAAAGCCUGCUAGCGAUAUGUAUAAUAGUAUCAAUGAUAAAUAUAUAUUCUAUACCACUAGUUCUUAUCUGUCCACCGAAAAUCAAAUCAAACCAUCUGGACGUAACUUGGAAUAUGAAUAUUUUAUACUCUUUUUUUUAAUUUGCUUUAUCCAGUCAAAAUAAUAAUAAUAAUAAUAAUAAUAAUAAAUUUUCAUUAUCAUUUCGGUCACUGAAAUUUCGCGAAUUUUGCGGUUCUUAAAAUGUAUCGCGAAAUUUAAGUGACGCAAAAUAAUUUUUGAGAUAAGAUGGUAUCAUUAGAUGGUACAAUGAGAUCGUCCAAGGACAUGAAAUCUAUAGUUCAUUUUUGCGUAGGACAUCAAAACUCAUUCAUAAUUGUUCCUCCUUUUAUUAUAUUUGAAAAAUGUCUGAGUCGCGAAAUAAAUGACUUUUAAGAUGCAAAAUUUUCACGUCUCUCGAGAUUCCAUCGCUAGGAAUUUACAAAUGUAGAUCCUUUGAGUCAGGCUUUUCAUAGGUGGUGAGCCAAUCAGAAUCGGGUACGCAUGAGUAAAUGACCUUUCUUAACCAACGGCUGUGAAAGAAUUUCUUGUUGGUAAAGCUCUUGGGGAUGUAUUCCCCUUGGGAUAUUAUGGAAUGCCAUGUAAUAGUAUAAGUAUUGUUUUAUUUCAAUUAUAAUUUACUUGUCAGUUUUCAGCAGGGCCCAUUUGUUUUUUACAGAUCUCAUCAUGUGAGCAGAUUUCGACCCUUUGCGUAUGCACUGUAAGGCGUCUAUGAAUAAACGACACUUAUUCACGA